AAAAUCUGUUGUCAAACGUUGCUAAGGAAGUGAUUCAGAUUUUCCUAAAUCACCCGCUCUGAAAUCUCACAGUAAACCCACAGGUGCGAUGCCAGUUAGCGAUGAGCGAGCUGCACCCACCUGACCAAAGUGACCAAAGCUGCGCCCAGGACAUGACGAGAGGAUGACUGAGAAUGGAGCUCACGGCCCGAUCCACCAGUCCCGUCAAGCUCCCAGUAAAGGAGCUUCAAAUGUCUCUGACAGCAGGCCACUCACGACCUCCCGAGUGGAUCCCACGUCCUGCAGGGAACACAGUGAUGUCCACAAGCGCAGUGCUAGUAAUGCAGAGGGGGAGAUCAGUCCAUACCAGCCUCGGCCGCCCUCACUACCCAAGCUGCCGAAGUCCAACACAAUCAGUGUCUCGGUGGAGGAGACUGUGAGGACCAGCAGGCUGAGAAACAGCCAGGAGAGCCUGAGCGACCCGGUGGAGACGGGCUCCUCCACGGACUCGCUGAGCGAGGACCAAGCAGCCCCGGAUCCCGGCGGGUUUGUCCCCAUCAGGUCUGACCGGGACUCCAUGACGAGACCUCGCUCUGCCGUCGCGACAGGAUCCCCGGUCUCCCGGGACAGAGGACGGAGUCUCUCCGAGUACGAAACGAGGCCCCGCAGUCAGCAGAGCGACCCCACGGACCACCGGGCGAGACCCGCCAAGGCGCGUCUGUCUCCGGUGCGACCCACGGGGACGCUGCCCGCUCUGGAGGAGAGCUUUGCGUCAGCCACCUUGAGGGCGGCGAAGAGCAUCGACAGGGAUUGUGUGGAUUACGCCGUGUUGGCCGGAGAGAAACUCGGGGAGAGGCUCCCCAGGAACCUGAGCGACAGCCGCCACCUGGACAACAUGGGGUCAGACGGUGCCUCGGUCAACUCCAUGAGGUCCACCUACAGCGUGCUCAGCCCCAUCAGGCCACAGGACGUGAGAAACAGGAGCUUUCUGGAGGGCAGCGUGCUGGGAAGCGGUGCCUUGCUCGGGGCCGAGGAGCUGGACCGCCACUUCCCCGACAGGAGAGUGGGCAUCUACGUAGCCACCUGGAACAUGCAGGGAGAGAAGGGGCUUCCAUCCAACUUAGAUGACCUCCUCCUUCCGACGGACUCUGAAUUUGCGCAAGACUUUUACAUCAUUGGGGUCCAGGAGGGCUGUCCGGACAAAAAGGAGUGGGAGACCCGCCUCCAGGAGACUCUGGGACCGUACUACGUGAUGCUCUACGCAGCGUCACAUGGCGUCUUGUACCUCACCGUAUUCGUCAGAAGAGACCUCAUCUGGUUCUGCUCAGAGGUGGAGCACGCCACGGUCACGACGAGGAUCAUCUCUCAGAUCAAGACUAAAGGGGCAGUGGGAAUCGCCUUCACCUUUUUUGGCACUUCCUUCCUCUUCAUCACAUCACAUUUCACCUCCGGAGAUGCCAAAGUUUACGAGAGAGUACUCGAUUACAACAAGAUCAUCGAGGCUCUGGCGCUGCCCAAAGGCCUUCCAGACACCAACCCAUAUCGCUCCACGGCAUCUGACGUCACCACGAGGUUCGACCAGGUCUUCUGGUUUGGAGACUUUAACUUCCGGCUGUGCAAAGACCGGGUCGACGUGGAGGCCGUCAUGAACCGCACGGUGGGGGGAGAGAUGGGUCCUCUGCUGGAGCACGACCAGCUCUGCAAGGAAAUGAAGGAGGGUUCGAUCUUUAAAGGUUUCCAAGAGGCACCGAUACACUUCCUCCCCACGUACAAGUUCGAUGUCGGCUGCGAUAUCUACGACACGACUUCUAAACAGAGAACGCCUUCAUACACAGACAGGAUCCUGACCAGGAGCAGACAGGCUGAUGACAUACACGUGGUCAAGUACACCAGCUGCUCCAGCAUCAAGACCUCGGACCACCGGCCCGUCAUCGGCAUCUUCCAGGUCAAACUCAGGCCAGGCAGAGACAAUAUUCCCCUGGGUGCGGGACAGUUUGACAGGAGCUUGUACUUGGAGGGCAUCAGGAGGAGGAUCACCAGAGAGCUGAAGAGGAGGGAGGCCAUGAAGAGCCAGAGUAGCAGCAGCAUCUGCACCGUCUCCUAAACCCUGAGCGCAAAAGCAGGCUUGGAAAAAAGAAAGAAAGAAAAAACAGACCAAAAAGGAAAACCAGAGUUGUCUUAACUACACAGAAGAAGCCCAGUGCUGGUCGUGGUGCCUGAGCAGAGUGCGCCCUCUGUUGGGCGUUGAUGGGAACUGUCCGCGUGUGGCUGUGCUUGAGGGCAGGGACCUCGAGGCCACACACACACACACACACAGCCCCCUCGACUCAAACAGGACUGAGCUGGGGAGGGGGGGGGGACUCUGCAGUCACACGCUCCACUGUCUAACCUUAAAGGCGCCGUUACUGCAUUCAUUCUCUUGUAGGUGUUCCUAAAGCAUCAAGAACAAGAAUGUUAUUUUCUUUUUUUUAAAUGCCUUGUGAAUUUUUCAUCAAAUGUAGUCCUACAAAUAAUAAUCUAAUACAAGCGUUUGGUGGCACGUCGAGGUGCACUUUUUUAAUACGUUGGUCGAUUUGACUUGAAUUUUGUUCUAAGCUUGUUUGCGUCUGAUAUGACGGAUAUGACAGUGAGGAGGUUGUUACAAGCUACUGUUGAACUUCAGGGAGAACAAAUGUAUUUGACAGCUUAUAUUUAACUAGAGGAACUCUCAUUAAUUUACACCGUUACUGCCUGUACCUUUCCUCUGAUUGGGCUAAGUGCUCCUUUGCAUCAGACUGUACCUGAACGCCUUUCAUCGCCACUGUACUUCAUGUUUAUUACCAUAUUAAUGAAUUCCCAGCAUGAAGAAGUUUGCUCUAAAAAAAAAAGUGCCUGUGAGUAUUUUUCAUUUCCUUAAGACCUUUUAACUUUAUCUGCAUAUUUUUAUAAGUCAUUUUUAACAUCACAAAAUAAAACAUUUAACAACGCA